AAGAAAGAAGAAAAGAACGGAACUUUAGCAUUAAACUGGCCUCAUGAUCGGCAUGCGUCCAAAAAUAUACUAACCUUGAUUGAGAGAGUAGCAGUUGGUCGAUCGCAUUACCUACGUACUCGGCAGGAAUUCUUUAUAUAUUAAGCAUGGCCCUCUUCUCUCGCAAGAUUAGCAGUAUAUCUUCAAUCCUCUCCAUCUCUGAACAUUUUCACUUGAAAUCAAAAACCUCUUCUUGGUUUGAUAUCUUAAGGAAGUUUUGCGGAUAUGGCUUCAUCAUCACCAUCUAGUAACCUAAGAUGGACUCCCACUGCAAGCCCAAUUAGUUCACCAGUACCACCACCACUUCUUAGUAAGGAAAAAAGUAGCUUUGCUUGUCAUGAUCAAAUAGAAGAUGAACCAUUUAUGAGUCCUGCCCACCAGCAACAGCAGCAACAACAGCUAGAUCAAUAUGUUGAUGAACCUGUGGAAAACGAUAUAGUUGUUAAUUCGUUCAGAGUUAGUGGCCAUCAAUCCAGCAAGAAAAAAAAAUCAGAAGAAAAAAAGAAUUCAUUUGUAAUAGAGAUGGAACAGAAAUCUAAAGGUAGUGUUGUGUUGACAUGGGAAGAUUUAUGCGUUCGUGUGCCUUCGUCGAGUACUAAGGGCAAGGAUAAAGCUAUUCUUGAAGGGCUAAACGGGUAUGCUCAACCUGGUGAGGUUUUAGCAAUUAUGGGUCCUUCUGGUUCUGGAAAGUCAACUCUUAUUGAUGCAUUAGCAGGGAGAUUAUCCUCAAACACAAGUCAGUCGGGUAUGAUAAAAGUAAAUGGUCGAAAACAAAGGCUUUCUUUUGGAACGUCGGCUUAUGUAACUCAAGAUAAUACGUUAACGACGACAUUGACGGUUAAAGAAGCCGUGCACUACUCUGCUUUGCUUCAACUACCUGACUCUAUGACAACAUCGGAAAAGAAAGAAAGAGCAGAUACAACAAUAAAAGAGAUGGGAUUGCAUGAAGCUAGGAACACACGAAUAGGAGGGUGGAACAUUGUAGGGAUAAGUGGUGGACAAAAGCGAAGAGUAAGCAUUUGUAUAGAGAUUUUAACACGUCCAGAACUUCUAUUUUUAGAUGAACCUACAAGCGGUCUCGAUAGUGCAGCAUCUUACCAUGUAAUGAAUAGAAUUGUGAAGCUUUCAAGACAAUAUAACUUGACUGUUAUUGCAUCUGUCCAUCAACCGAGUAGUGAAGUCUUCGAUCUUUUUCAUAAUCUUUGCUUACUUUCUUCUGGUAGAACAAUUUACUUUGGUCCUACUUAUGCCGCGAAUGAGUUUUUUGCGUUGAAUGGAUUCCCUUGCCCAACUAUGAGAAACCCAUCAGAUCAUUACCUGAGAACUAUCAACAAAGACUUCGAUCAAGACAUCGAACAAGGUUAUGGUGGCAAAGCAACAACAACUGAGGAAGCAAUUAAUACGCUUGUUGAGUCGUAUAAGUCCUCACCAAUAUUCCAACAGGUUAAAACACAAGUAUCGACCCUAUGCAAAAGGGAUCCUUUUACUUACAAAACAUCUAUCUUACCGGAAGGAAGUAUCUUAGAAAAAGGAAGUCAAUCUAGCUUCUUAACACAAUCAUUCGUUCUUACAAGAAGGUCUUUCGUGAACAUGUACCGCGACUUAGGCUACUACUGGUUGAGAUUAGGAAUUUACAUUGCAUUGUGUAUAUGUGUUGGAACAAUUUUUUUCAAAAUUGGUAGCAGUUUUCGUUCAAUUCAGGCUAGAGGUUCAGUUCUUAUGUUUGUAGUUUCAUUCUUAACUUUCAUGGCGAUUGGGGGAUUCCCUUCUUUCGUAGAGGACAUGAAGAUCUUCGGACGAGAAAGAUUAAAUGGGCACUACGGUGUCGCGGCAUUUGUUGUGGGAAAUACACUGUCUUCAAUUCCAUACUUGCUUAUGAUCUCAGUAAUACCAGGAGCCUUAGCUUAUUACCUAGUUGGUCUCCACAAAGGAUAUGAACAUUUUCUCUUCUUUGUUUUACUACUUUUUGUAUGUAUGGUGUUAGUAGAGAGCUUAAUGAUGAUUGUUGCAAGUGUAGUACCCGAUUUUCUUAUGGGUAUAAUUACCGGAGCUGGAAUUCAAGGUGUGAUGAUGUUAAAUGCUGGGUUCUUUAGAGUACCAAAUGAUCUUCCAGACCCAUUUUGGAGAUACCCAAUGUACUACAUUGCAUUUCACAGGUAUGCAGUCGAAGGGUUCUACAAGAAUGAGUUCCAAGGACUUCAAUUCCCCAAUAAUCAAAUAGGAGGAUCAUUGACUAUCAGUGGCGAAGAGGUUUUGAAAAAUAUUUGGCAAAUUCCAACAUGCUACUCAAAAUGGCUUGAUCUUGUUGUUCUAUUUGGUAUGGUUGUUUUAUAUAGACUAAUAUUUUUUAGCAUUAUCAAGUUGUCUGAAAAGAUGAAAUCCCCAAGUUGUCUGAAAAGUUGAAAUCCAAUGUAAGAAAUGGCAGUGUUCCAAAUGUAUUACUUUGUAAUGUAUAUGGCAUUAUUUGAGUGUUUCCGUUUUUAUAGUCAAUGUAGCCAUGAAAUGCUAAUUAAACAUACAUGGAGCUAUUAGCAGAAAAUCUGUUUACUAUUAUUACUA